AUGGCAAUGCCUACUUACACCAUGUCUUGUUUCAAAUUACCUUGCAAGUUAUGCAAAGAGAUAAGCUCUAUGCUAUCUAAUUUCUGGUGGGGAGAAAAAGACAACAAAAACAAGGCUCGCUGGGUAGCUUGGAAGCAGUUGACCAAGGAGAAAAAACGAGGAGGCAUGGGAUUCCAGGAGAUUCAAAGUUUUAACAGAGCUUUGCUGGCUAAACAGAUUUGGAGAAUAAUCAGAAAUCCAAAUCUGUUAUCCAGCAAAAUUCUGAAAAGCAAGUACUUCCCAAAUUGCAAUGUGCUGGACUGCAAAACUCCCAACAAUGCUUCAUGGUUUUGGCAAAGCAUUAUGAGUGCAAGAGAAGAGCUUCAAUGGGGGAUACGAAAUAGGAUAGGGAAUGGACUCUCAACAAGAAUUUGGGAGGAUCAGUGGAUUCCAGACCAACACCUAGGGAAACCUAUCACAGCCAAGCCAGAAGAAUGUCGAAUACAGAGAGUUGCUGACCUGAUUGAGGGCUACAGGUGGAAUAGGAAUUCAUCUUCCAAAAUUUCAAACAGGGAGAUGCUAAAAACAUUCUCAAGAUUCCCAUAA